AUGCCCAAGUCGCGCGCCGCGGCGAAGGACGCUGCUAAGAAGAUGAGAUCGUCGCCCAACGUCUAUGACAGAACCAAAAUCCUCGACUUCUACCAUGCAAACGGCCGUAACCAGACGCGCACGGCCACGUACUUCAAGGCCAACGGUUUUCCCAACAUUAGCCAAACCACCGUCUCGCGCAUGGUCCGCGACGAAGCCCGAUGGCGCACUAUGGCUGAGAAGACUGUCUGUCUCGAGGUUGUUCGCGAACGUCCCGUGCGCUACGUCGACGACGAAGAUGCCUGA